AUGAAAUAUCAAUUAAUGAAUCAGAGUACUGCCAUCGUGUUCAUCCUCUUAGGAUUCUCUGAAUAUCCAGAGCUCCAGGUACCCCUCUUUCUACUCUUCCUCACCAUCUAUGUAGUCAGUGUGCUGGAGAAUGUGGGCAUGAUUGUAAUCAUCAAGAUCAAUCCUAAACUCCACACCCCCAUGUACUUUUUCCUCAAGCACUUGUCCUUUGUGGAUUUCUGUUAUUCCACUAUAGUUAUGCCAAUAUUACUAGAAAACUUAGUUGUAGAAGACAGAAGCAUUGCCAUCAAGGCCUGUAUCACACAGUUUUCCUUUGGUAUCAUCUGUGUGACGACAGAGAUGGUUAUGUUGGCAGUGAUGGCAUAUGACCGCUUUGUUGCUAUAUGUUAUCCAUUGCUCUAUACAGGUUCAAUGUCCCCAAAACUCUGUGCUCUGCUAGUGACUAUGGCAUAUUCAUGGGGCUUAAUUUCUUCUAUUGUACUCACCUACUCACUUCUUGUAUUAUCAUUUUGUGAGUCCAAAGUUAUUAAUAAUUUUGUAUGUGAAUAUUCUGUUUUCCUCUCUGCUUCCUGCUCUGAUAAGCACUUCAGUGAGAUAAUGCUUUUUAUCUUUGCAAAUCUCAGUGUAUUUUGCACUCUCAUCAUUAUCCUCACUUCCUAUCUUUUGAUUUUUAUUACUAUCCUCAAAAUGCAUUCGGCUAGGGGGAGAUAUAAAGCUUUCUCCACUUGUGCCUCCCAUUUGACAGCUGUUACCAUCUUCUAUGGGACCAUCCUCUUUCUCUAUUGUAUUCCCAAUUCCAAAAAUUCAUGGCUUGUAGUUAAAGUGGGAUCUGUUUUUUAUAUUGUGGUGAUUCCUAUGCUAAAUCCCUUAAUAUACAGCCUAAGGAACAAAGAUGUGAAGGAAACCUUUAGGAAAUUCAUGGAUUUCAAAAUGAUUUCUCAAUGA